AUAGAGACAAAAAAUCUUGCAUAAAAUGCUCCACCUUGAGUAAGUCAAGGAAACAAAUAACAGAGCCGCCGGCGCCCGGCGUUGAAACCACUGAUAGUACCCUGUUUCAGACAAGAGGUAAGGAAGAGAACAGCAUAGCACCAGAAGAAAGAAAAGAUGGAUCAGAUCAAGCACAUGUUCGUGGAAGUCGAAGGAGGAUUGAGGAUCCAUGUCGCUGACACUGGAGCAGCAAGCGAUAAAGUUCUCCUCUUUCUCCACGGGUUCCCGGAGAUUUGGUACUCAUGGCGCCACCAGAUGAUUUCCCUGUCGAAAUCCGGGUACCGAGCCAUCGCCGUUGACUACAGAGGCUACGGGUUGUCAGAUCCCCCGCCGAGGACUGAAGAUGCCACGUAUGCCAGCCUCGUCGGCGAUCUGAUCGCCGUCCUCGAUUCCCUCGACGUUCCCAAGGUGGUGCUCAUCGGGAAAGACUUCGGAGCUUACGUCGCCUCAUGGUUCGAGGUUCUCCACCCGGAAAAGGUGUUGGGUUUUGUGACACUGGGAAUCCCGUUCGCCGUCCCGGGAAAGGGUACUUCCUCCAGCACUUCAUCAUUUCCGGAAGGCUUCUACGUUUCGAGGUGGCGGGAACCAGGGCGAGCUGAAGCCGAUUUCGGGCGGCUAGAUGCCAAAACGGUGGUGAGGAAUGUGUACAUUCUCUUCUCCGGCAGCGAAAUGCCUAUAGCGGCGGAGAAUCAAGAGAUCAUGGAUUUGGUCGACCCAUCAACUCCUCUCCCGCCAUGGUUCACCGAGGAAGAUCUCGAAGCUUAUGGAGCUCUGUACCAGAAAUCAGGGUUUCAAACUGCCCUCAAGAUGCCCUACAGAUCGAUCGACGAGCAACUCGAAGUACCACUAUCAGAGGUGAGGGUUAACAUUCCAGCGCUAAUAAUCGUGGGAGGGAAAGAUUAUGUCCUGAAAAUGCCCGGGAUGGAAUACUACAUCAACAAUAUGGUGAAGGAAAUCGUUCCGGAUUUGAAGACGGUGCAUUUAGCUGAAGGAACUCAUUUCGUUCAGGAACAACUCCCUGAAGAAGUGAAUCAACUGAUACUUGAUUUCCUUAAAGCUCGAAUCUGGCCAUGAAAUGUUGUUCUUUCUCGGAAUGUACUGCGUUCAAGGAAUUACACUAGCCAGUGACAGUGAGCAGUUGGAGAAUGUUCUGUUCUGGUGAUACUAUUUUGUGCUGUGUAUAAACAGCUAAUGCCUUG